UGGAGCACGAGCGCUGCUGCCUCUGUAGCCGCACGCACCGCAGUGAUCGGGUCUCGCUCUUGUGCAGGUCAGUUGUUACCUCCACUCGGCGGAUGCGUCGUUCCCCUCUCUCGGCCGACGUCCAUCAAAUGGUUCAUUUCUGUACCCCCAGCAGGGCAUGAGAGCGCAAUUCUACACUAAUUGAAUUUCGGACAGAAAGCAGGGGGAGUCUAGGAGAGAAUCGUUCCCCAGGAUUGUAUUUGGAGCUAUGCCAGUUCCAGACCAACCCUCUGAAGCAGAUAAGACCACCAUGCUGAGCCCAGUGCUGAACGCCUCGAAUGGAGAUGGCUCAGAGACAGAGACCACCUCUGCCAUCCUGGCAUCCGUGAAGGAACAGGAGCUGCAGUUUGAGAGGCUCACUCGGGAACUGGAGGCAGAGCGCCAGAUUGUCGCCACCCAACUGGAGCGAUGCAAGCUGGGAUCUGAGACUGGCAGCAUGAGCAGCAUCAGUUCAGCAGAAGAACAGUUUCGCUGGAAUACCCAAGACGGACAGAAGGACAUAGAGGAAGAACUGACUACUGGCCUGGAGCUUGUGGACUCCUGCAUCAGGUCUCUCCAAGAAUCCGGGAUACUCGACCCACAGGAAUACUCUGCAGGUGAAAGACCGAGCCUCCUAUCCCAGAGCACUCUGCAGCUCAAUUCCAAUCCAGAAGGGUCUUUCCAGUACUCAGCCAGCUACCAUAGUAACCAGACCCUCGCCCUGAGUGAUUCGUCGACGUCCCAGCCCCCGACGCGCAGCGGCCAGGUCGGAGGUGCCGUUCACAGCUACAACCAGGUGACGUCAAACCGAGCGGCUCAGCUUGCUGCCGGCGAGUCCUCGCAGUCGCGGGAGUCCUUCGCGCCAAGCCAUGGAAGCGCCUUCCACCUGCCCGACUCGCAGCAGACAACCUCCAUCUACUACUCCAGCUCCACCCUGCCGGCGCAGCGCGUGAGCUCCCCGCUGUCCAUGCAGUCGGUGGGCUCCCCGACCAAGCUGCAGCGCCUCGGCUCGGCCUCCGACACGCCCGGUUACGCCACCACCCAGCGGGUCUCCUCCUCGCCCAAGCAGUCCCCCAGCCGGCUGGCCAAGUCUUACAGCACCAGCUCCCCCAUCAACAUUGUGGUGUCCUCCUCCGGGCACCCCUCCUCGCCGCUGCGGGUGGCCUCCCCGCCCAACGCCUCCACCUCCUCCCCGAUCCACCAGAUCAGCUCCACUGUGGGCAACUACGCCACGCUGUCCCCCACCAAGCGCCUGGUGCACUCCUCCGAGCAGUACAAGCUCUCCCAUGACCUGUACGCCACGGCCACCCUGCAGAGACCAGGCAGCCUAGCAGGAUCCAGGGGGUCAUAUAGCAGCCAGCACAGCCACUUGGGGACAGAUCUGAGGCCGCUGCAGUCUCCUGAGCAUCACAUUGACCCUAUCUAUGAGGACAGGGUCUACCAGAAAGCCCCCAUGCGGAGUCUGAGCCAGAGCCAGGGUGAACCCCUGCCACCGGGACACACCGGCACCUACCGCACCAAUACAGCCCCGUCUUCCCCUGGUGUUGACUCCGUACCAUUGCAGCGCACAGGCAGCCAGAACGCCACAGGGACUUACCAGAGGGCCAGUUAUGCCUCUGGUCCGGCCGCCAACUACGCCGACCCAUACCGCACGCUCCAGUACUGCCCAUCCGUGGAAUCCCCGUACAGCAAGUCUGGACCGGCCCUCCCUCCCGAGGGCACGCUGGCGAGGUCGCCCUCCAUCGACAGCAUCCAGAAGGAUCCCAGGGAGUUUGGCUGGCGAGACCCAGAGCUGCCUGAAGUUAUCCAGAUGCUACAGCAUCAGUUCCCCUCGGUACAGUCCAACGCUGCGGCCUAUCUGCAGCACCUGUGCUUUGGAGACAACAAGAUCAAGUCCGAGAUCCGGAGACAGGGGGGUAUCCAGCUGCUGGUGGACCUCCUGGAUCAUCGGAUGACAGAGGUGCACAGGAGCGCCUGCGGGGCCCUGAGGAACCUGGUGUACGGCAAGGCCAACGACGACAACAAGAUCGCCCUGAAGAACUGCGGCGGGAUCCCAGCACUGGUGCGACUACUGCGCAAGACCACGGACGUAGAGAUCCGAGAGCUGGUCACAGGCGUGCUGUGGAACCUGUCCUCUUGCGACGCCCUGAAGAUGCCGAUAAUCCAGGACGCCCUGGCGGUGCUGACCAACACGGUCAUCAUCCCUCACUCAGCCUGGGACACCUCGCCCCACCAGGAGGACCGCAAGCUGCAUCUGCACUCCUCGCAGGUGCUCCGCAACGCCACGGGUUGCCUGAGGAACGUGAGCUCGGCGGGGGAGGAGGCGCGCCGGCGGAUGCGGGAGUGCGAGGGGCUCACCGACGCGCUGCUCUACGUGAUCCAGACGGCUCUGGGGAGCAGCGAGAUCGAUAGCAAGACCAUAGAAAACUGUGUGUGCAUCUUGAGGAACCUCUCGUAUCGACUGGCUGCAGAGACAUCUCAGGGACAGCAGAUGGGCACGGAUGAGCUUGAUGGAUUGCUUUGUGGCGAUGCCAAUGGCAAGGACAGCGAGAGCUCUGGGUGCUGGGGGAAAAAGAAGAAGAAAAAGAAGGCGCAGGAUCAGUGGGAUGGUGUGGGACCCCUCCCUGAGUCCGCCGACCCCCCCAAAGGGAUCCAGAUGCUCUGGCACCCCUCCAUUGUCAAACCCUACCUCACUCUCCUGUCUGAGUGCUCCAACCCCGACACCCUGGAAGGUGCGGCAGGGGCACUGCAGAACCUGGCGGCGGGCAGCUGGAAGUGGUCGGUGUACAUCCGAGCAGCUGUAAGAAAAGAGAAGGGCCUGCCUAUUCUUGUGGAGCUGCUUCGAAUAGACAACGACCGGGUGGUGUGUGCCGUGGCGACAGCUUUAAGAAAUAUGGCCUUAGACGUGAGAAACAAAGAAUUAAUUGGCAAGUAUGCCAUGCGCGACCUGGUCCAUCGCCUACCGGGGGGAAACAACAGCACCAGUGGGGGUACUACCAACAGCACUGUCAGCAAGACCAUGUCUGACGACACUGUCACCGCCAUCUGCUGUGCCCUGCAUGAGGUCAUCACGAAGAACAUGGAGAACGCCAAGGCCCUGCGCGAUGCCGGUGGCAUCGAGAAGCUCAUAGGCAUCGCCAGGAGCAAAGGAGACAAGCACUCGCCGAAGGUGGUGAAAGCAGCCUCUCAGGUCCUCAGCAGCAUGUGGCAAUACAGGGAUCUGCGCAGCCUCUACAAGAAGGAUGGCUAUGCGCAGUAUCAUUUUGUGGGCUCUUCUUCAACAAUAGAGAGGGACAGACAAAGGCCCUACUCUUCCUCCCGCACGCCCUCUAUCUCCCCAGUCCGGACUUCCCCUAAUAAUCGAUCAGCAAGUGCCCCCGCCUCACCCCGAGAGAUGAUCAGCCUCAAGGAAAGGAAGACAGACUACGAGUCGACUGGAACCAAUGCCAGUUACCAUGGAAACAAAGGCGAGCACACUUCCAGGAAAGAUGCCAUGGCAGUGCAAAUCUCAAGUGGGACCUCAACGUUGUUCCGGAAUUCAUAUGUGACAGCUAAUGAAGACAUCAAACACAACCAGAUCCCAGCCCAGCCUGCUCCACAAGAGAGCGCCCGAAAAGACUACGAGACAUUUCCUCCCUUUCAAAACUCCACUAGAAACUUUGAAGAGUCUUUCUUUGAGGAUCAAGUGCAUCACCGCCCCCCGCCCGCUACAGAUUUAAAUAUGCACCUGGGACUGAAGUCGACCGGCAACUACGUGGACUUCUACUCAGCAGCCCGCCCCUAUAGUGAACUCAACUACGAGACGAGUCACUACCCAGCCUCACCUGACUCCUGGGUCUAGGGACUGGUGUCCAACAGCAGCAAAGUGCUGGGAGGGGGGAGGGCGGGGGGAUGACCGUGCAUGUGCAUGCAUACCACAUGACAUUUUUCAGCAAGUUUUGUUUGUCAAAGCUCGUUCCAUAGAGAGGUUCUAUUGAAAUGUGUGAGUGGGUUUGGGAGGGGCAUAUAGAGAGGAAAAGAGAGGGAGACAGAGAGAGAGAGAGAGAGAGAGAGAGAGGGAGAGAGGCCUUGGGGCACAGCAUAAAGAGAGAAUGCUUGAAAGAUGACAGAGGGUUCUUAUUGUGUGGGAAGUGAGAACCUUGACCUUUGGAGUCAAGGUGGAAUAACAGUGAGGGUAUUUGGAAUGUCGAGGAUGAAAAGGGGCUGCAAAUAUGUGGAAUAGUAGGGAGACGGGUAUGUGAAGCACAAGAAAAAAAAAAAACAAACAAAUUGCUGUUUACAAGAGCUUGGGGAACAGCUUUUCACAUUUCGUUUAUUACUUUUUCUUCGUUGUGAACCCAAGGCUUCAACCUGCAUUUUGUGUAGCAUCCCCUGCACAAGACGGAUGCCUCCUGCCUUUUACUUUAUUUUCUGUCUUUUUUUUUAAUUUGUACUUUUUUAAUUCUUUGUUGUAAAGUAUUUGAUGUACAUUACAGAGAUACAAGUGCAUUGUGUAUAUUACACGAAUGCCACUGUGUCCCUUCUUCAGUGGCUCUUACUAUUGUUUUACGGAUACCUACAAAAAAAAGAGAAAAAACAUUGGAAAGACAUAUGACUCACCAACAUAUCCUUUCCAAACAAAGUAUGUUUUAACAGCAAGAAGGAAGUAUUUAGCAGUAUUGUUCGUUCUGAUAAUGUGAAUUUGUUUGUGGCAACUAAGCAAACGUUCUAAGCAGUUCAAGACAGUUAACAGAACAUCA